CCUGGGGAGCAGAAAUCGGGGGGUAUCGUAGCAGGGCAAACAAUUCAACAGCACAAACGACCGUUCGACUUGUCCCGCUGACCGCGAACGCAGCAUGACGUCAGCAUCAGGUGAUGACCAGGUUCGAGCUCCAUUUGAACAGAAUUAGUCCGAAAUUGGACGAAGGGAACAUCGCUGAGGAAAAAACCACCCGAAAUCGAGCCAAGGCAACCACUCGAGUGAGACGAACUCAAAAGUUAAUGAGAUCAAAAUCAACAAACAAAAGCCCAGACAAGAUGGAGAAAGCCAGUACCGGAACCCUGUCCGUCGCCGAGCGGGAGUUCUUGGACUUUCUGCAGGCCCAGUUAGAAGAAAUCGACCAAGGUCAGAGUCCUGAUUUUGCCUUUGGAGAAAUACAGGCGGGAAUGCAUCCGAGCAUCCAAAGGGAGGCUGCGACCUCCGGCACUGUGGUCACGCAAUGCAGCGGCGCAACUGGGACGCGUGUCCUCGGCAGCAAUCCUCCAAAGGACGGCAACGGCGGCGGUGAUGUUGAGCUCGAUCGGACGCGACCCGACGCAGGGAUGGAUUCACGGAAUCAGGGUGCUGAUUUGGGUUACUCUUGGAUAGAUGAACUCAUCCGAGACCAAUCUGAGACGGUCACUUGGCCAAGCUGCCGACUGAGGAAGGACGACGCGGUACCAAUCGUCCGGCCUCCGGGAGCAGACUUGGAUGAAGCUCCACCGAGUGCAAACGUGAUGAUGGGAGAGACGGACCCUAUGAGCUGUGGCGCAACUCGCGGGAGUGCUCCUCCUGAUGUUGAGGGCAAUGACAUCUUCACCUUGCGCAUCAGGGAGGGCGCCGCCACCUCUGACCAUCAGAUCACCACCGACUUCGGGAAACCUUCAGCGGACGUGGAGAUGGAUUCGUCUCUGGAUCUUUUUGAGGCCUUGACUUGGCCAGAUUACGACGGCGAGGAUGCUGAGAAAAGGAGCACGUCUCUAGAGAGUGCGCGUAAGCCGAAGGAAGAGAGCCACCCUGGGUGUAGUUUCAUGAUUAGAGAUGCACAACCCAGCGGUGACGCUUCCAAGGCCAACGCCAAAUCCCCCUCCAGAGAACAACUGGCAGACUGCACCAACUUGAUGGAGACUCGCUCUCAUAGCAAUACGGGGAAGCCGCAGAGAGACCGCUACUCACCGAGAAGACCGCUGAAAAGAAGCCGAAAGACCUCCUCCUCGAAGCAGAAGAGCAAGUCGCUGCGCUCUGAAAAUGCGAUGAAGCCGCGCCAAUCAUCUUGGCGGAAGUCCAACCGUCUGUCCUCACCAGCCACUGGCACUCGGAGGCCUAAACAGCAACCGACCUCCGCUCGCGGUGCCGGCCGGGAAACCCGACAAAGCGGGGCCAGCAGCAGCAGCAGCGGCGGAGGCGGCGCCUGCGCCAGCACCUCUGAAAUGAACUGGCCGCUCGCAAUUUUGACCGGGGACCCUAAAGUGAAGAGCACCGAGACGCUGAGCCCAGAUGAGAAAAUGCAGAUGAUGGCAAAGAUUGAGCAGGCUCAGGCGCUACUGCUUACCCUGGUGUACCAAGAUGGUGGCACGCAGCUCCAGUCAGAAGAGAGUCCACCCAAUCUCACGCAGCCGGUGUGCGGCCUCCUCCUACUUCUCGUCAAUGACGUGGACGGCUGCCACGGGAGGCGCUCGCUCGGCCAAAACGACCUCCUGCUCUACCACAGACUGGACCGCGACCCGCCGCAGGCCCAAGAGCAGAUUUUCACCAGAGACGUGCUGCGGCGGAUGCCCUCGCGAGCCGGUGUCACCGUGUGCUACAGAGCCAAGGAAUGGCUUAGCACGGCUUUGCGCUUGUGCAGACAACACCUCAGCUGGAAACAAGUGUCGGGCUGCCGUAUCCUGGACCCUCAGGUGUCGGGCUGGCUGCUGGACCCCGAAGAUCCUUGCACCUGCUACCCAGACCUCUUUCGGAAACACACCCGCAAAAGCCUGCCCCCCGCGACGCCGGCCACUGUCUUGUUGGAACUCUAUUCCCUCUACGACUUGAAUGAGAAGCUUUGUGCUGAAAUACGGUCCCCAAAGCCUUUGGAGGCAUCUCCUCGGACGUUGAGCUGAAAAUGCAUUCCGAUUUCUAGCAGCCAUGGAGAGCCAGCGCAUCCAGAUGGACACAGACGCUUUGAUGCAUCUGUCAGACCUGCUCAAGAGGAAGAUGAACCAUUUGG